AUGGAAUCUGCUAACGUGGUUGUUGAUGAUCUGAAGAAUUUUUCUAAGUAUUCCCAUGAGGAAGAAAUUGAUAGAUUCAUUGAUGCUCAACAUCAAACAGGAACGAUAGGUUCGAUGGAAGGCCAUUAUGUGGCUACAACGUUCGAAAAAGUUGGGACAGAAAUGGAAUCUAUCGCAGCAACUUCUGGACAAAUAGAGAAGGACACACCAAUCAUUAUCACUAAUUCAGUUCAAAGAGAACCUUCGACCCGAGUAAAGAAAAAUCACCCGUCUGAACUUAUUUUGGGGAAUCUUGAAGAAAGCAUGGUCACAAGAAGAAGGAAUAAAGCUAGGCUUGUUGCACAGGGGUACACUCAAAUUGAAGGUAUUGAUUUUGAUGAAACUCUUUCCCCUGUUGUAAGACUUGAAUCCAUAAGAUUGUUGUUAGCUAUUUCUUGUAUCAUUGGCUUUAAGUUGUACCAAAUGGAUGUUAAACCCACUUUUUUAAAUAAGAUUUUGAAUGAAGAGGCUUAUGUUGAGCAACCUAAAGGAUUUGAAGAUCCUCACCUUCCUAAUCAUGUCUUUAAGUUACAAAAAGCCUUGUAUGGAUUGAAACAAGCCCCUCAGAUUUGA